AUUGGCUGAGGCGGGGCAGGCCGGAAGCGCCCUGGCUGCUGGAGCUGUCACAACCCUGUGGUCACAACAACGUUAGCUCCAUGGCUGGCGUACUCGUCAGCGACUCUGGAGCGAGCUAAGGUUACACCAUGCUCAGCAACAGCGGUUGAAGAACAAGAAAGUUAUUUUUGACUGAGAAGAGUUGAGCCAUUGUCACUAUUGGCGUUAUGGGUACAACAAUGAGCGAGCCAUGUAUCUACGACAAGUUGUCUGAGAGCAUCGACAUCCUCCGCCAGUCAGGCUAUCGCUAUGGCAUGUCAGAGAGGGAGAUCGAGAAAUUCAUCAAGCAGGUCCUGGAGACCAACGAGCCCAGGAGAGACCCUCCCCAGUUCCCCAUCCUGAGAGCUACCAUCAAGUUUGUGGUGGCAGUGGGCUUUCUGCUAGUGGUAGUGCUGGCCUUCACCUACCCCCAGAGCACCCCUCAGCUGGGUCUGGUCAACCUGGGCUGUUACAACUGGUCCUCACCCCUCAGCCAUGUCCGCCUGCUCUCCCUGCCAAUUGCUAAGAAGUACAACCUACAAGGUUUUCAUGAAUGGUGGAGUGCAGGGUCUCUUCGACAGAGCCUAGUCAACUGUUCAGGCUGUGCAGAGAUCUCCUCUGUGCUGGAAGUUCCAGAGAACCUCAGAGAGACUGUAGCCCUGCGUAGAGGACCCCAACUCGUACUACUUAAGGGUGGGGAGUCUCUGAGCGUCCAGCGGCAGCAGCUAGAGGAGCUCUACUCGGGUCACUCAGGCUCCAUGUCCAUUCUGCUUGAGGAGGAUGACGGUCUGCAGAACCACAACCAAGGCCUUCCUCAAGGACCUGCCAACUUUACUCUGCUCUGGAGGUUUAGCUCUGGAACUAGGGAAAAGGUGUUGCGGUGGCUAUUCCCCAAGGCAGAACUCUGCCCCCUGCUGGACAGUGCUGGGACAACGCUGCAGCGUUGUCUGGUCACCCACAGCACAAACUCACAGAGCAAGGGCGUUGGAGUGCAGGGCUGGCUGGUGGUAGGAGAGGGACUGCCAACAGUUCGAGUGCUGCCAGUUCAACGCUGUCAGAAACACUGCAGCUCCUUCAACCUCUGGCUGGGACCUGGAGACAUGGUGUAUGCUGAUCCCCGCUACUGGCAAAUGGAGCUGUUCCCUGGAAGAGGACAGAAUAUCUUUUGUGAUGGAUCGGCCUUUUAAUGUAGAAGUGGUGUAACAUGUAAAGAGGGAGAGAGUGAAGGACUUGACAGCCAGGACUCAAUGUUGAGAUUCCUCCCUUAUGUGCACUACUGCUGAUUGACUAAGAAUGUACCAUUUCCUCUCAAGGCAUGUUACGAUUGGAGCUCAUUGGCCCUCUUGGACUGGACACCAAAUAUGAGCCUCUGUAGAAAGUCUUCUUCUUCUGCACAUGCUGUGUCUGUGCCCCAGUGCGGUAACACGGAAUUACUGGUCUGUUCCUUUCUAAUCCUUUCUUGUCUAAGCCCUCAAUAUCCUGCAGCCUUCACUGAUAGCAGUGAAGAUACAUGUAAGCAAGAGAUUGUAGAAGACAUGAAGACAUGAUUGUCUAACAUUUUGGUACAUGUACAUCAGUUUGGAGAUAGUCCAGAGCAGGGCCUUGUCCAAUGAGAAGAGCUUGGAUGGACUACACAAAUGACUUAUGGGUAAGGGAUCUUCAGUAUAUUUUAAGAGUUAAAAGCAGAGCUCAGAAAUGACAUUGUGAUAUUGUCUUCAUGUAUCAGGUUACAGCUGUAAUGUUAGUCACAAUGUACAUGAUUAAGAGUAUUUGCUGAUGUUAUCAUCUCUAAAAGCAGUGAGAUUUUCUGUCCGUUUAAAGGACCAUACCAGUGAUUUUGCAUGUUUAGCAUGAUAUCUACAAAAUUUCAAUACUUCACAAUUUGGUUAUAGUCCUAUUUUAGGACUCCAGUAUCAUUUUUUCCAGUCCCUGGUUUCCAUUCUUUCCACUGUGAUAUGAAAAUGAACUUUGAUAGACUUCAAACUUUCUUCACAGCAGUAUCCCAUCACCAUAUUUAAGUCCCCCACAUUAGUUUUACUGAAAGCAGCAGCACUCUUGUAUUUUGAUGACUUGAAAUUGGGCGGAGUGAAAUGCUCCCUCCACCAGAGAGUAGGGUUAGGGUUAGACAUUAAACAUUUACUUUCCACAGCCAGUUAUCAGCUGUGUGGUUUAUGAAUGACUUUGUUAGCUGCAGAAGCAGAGCAUUAUAUGGUGGCUGUUUCAACCAAAACUUUGCAUUUUUGUUCUAUGUUGUUAAAACUUUAGCAUGCCCACAUGAUUUGUAAAAUGGUUUGUUGUGGAAUAAAAUGUGGCUUAAUUAUAGUUAACAGGCUAAACAUUCAAAAAUACUGGUGUGGUCCAUUAAGCUGUUAUUUGUGAUAGUGCCAUAGAUGAAAGGGGAUCUCUUAUCAGUUUAUUACGGAAUGUUUGUUUUUUUUUUUUUGCUAAAUUCCCCGCUGAUCUGAUUAUGCCUUUGUUCAUUUUCAUACUUGAUUACUUUUCAUGAUGUCACUGCUUUGCUGUUAUCCAUUUGUCUGCAAAAGCACUUUGAUUAGCCAGUCUUUGUAAAUCAAGCGAAUGACCAGUUAUUUGAACUUUUCUGUCUUGUGACGUUAAUCAGUUCUUGCCAAUUAAUAAUUUCACCUCGUUGAUACUUUUACAAGUUCCAGCAUUAAGGACAAAUAAUUGUAUAGUUAAUUCGCAUCUUUUUGCCAUUAAUGUAGAUUGUCAUGUCACAUUCAAUCAGUAUGUAUUCAUGCAUUUUCUGAUUAAUUGUACUGACUUUGACAAUGCUGAUUUCUUUUAUAUUUGUAAUUUUUAUUUAUUGUAUUGGAUGUACAUAUGGUGAAGUGUUGUGUUGCUAUAAUGAGAAUAUGUUUGAUUUUUACCUGUGAUUACCAGUGACUUGUUGGCCUGUUUGUGCUGGAUUUCUGCUGAAAAUCAGACAUGUCUUAACUCACAGAUCACUCUUACCUUGUGAUUCAGUUAAGAUGAGAUGAAAUUCCACAAUUUACACAUAACUGAAUAUCAAAUGUUGGAAAUGUGAUGGUCAGCCAAAUGUUUGCUCUCAUAGUUUUUCAAUCUCAAUUUCAUUUUUUUUUUAAAUCUCAAACAAAUAAUAAUCCACAUCACAAUGGUAUGAGAAUACAGCUUUUACACAUGUAAGUCAUUUUUUCACAUUAACAGGAUUGGUGGCUCCAUUUGGAUAGUUGAGAAUAACCUGAAGAAGUGUGUUUCCUCACAAAAUUGGCAAAGUCACAAUUUUGGUGGUAGGCAAUGCCCAUACAAGAAUACAGCUCCAAAAUUGGGUAGCAUCUGGGAGGCUAAAGCGCAAAAAAUACUUUCAGGUAAAGAGUUGACCUGUUAUUUCUAUGUUGUACUACUUCUAGAUGUUAGCAGCUACUCAAAUAUGACCUACUCAAAUAAGGAAUAACUGGAGUCAGAUUUUGAAAGAGUGAAAAUGUUUCAUAACAAACAACUUAACAAUUAUGCUCAUUUCCACACAUGCAUCUCACUAUACCUUUUAUUUGUUUUCAUAGGGAAAAAUAAAGUGAAUAUAUUAAUAUAAUAGCACCCCCAUGUUAGCACUGACAACUAACUUUUAGUGAAACAAGUGGAGAAAAUCUGCCAGUGCCACAAGGUAUUCAAGGUAGUCCACAAGACAGAACUUUGGCUACAUUGCCUUAUAAUCAAGGUCUGUUUACAGUAAAGAUAUAGAAAGGAAGAUCUUCAGUGGGAGGCUGGUGGAUGUUCAAAGGAAAUGCUUGUUGGUAGCCCACAUGAAAGCCAAGCUGUUUGUGCAGAAAGCCUUCAUCAGCAUUACCCAAGAAAAAGAAAAAUGCAUUUGAAAUAUCUACACCAAAUGUCUGCCUCACUUAAAAUUACUGUCAUUCAAUCAAAAUCAGUUGCCAUUUUGGAAACAUUUUUUAUAAAGCCAACAUUUCCGUCAUACACCAAUAUACCAAUAUUGAUUUUAGUUCUCGAAUUAGUGUGGAUCUCCGAGAGUGGCAGAAUUUGUUCCUCUUUUUUCAUGAAAUAAAAAGCAGAAAUUAUCUUG